AUGGGAUCCAUCCAACAAACUACUAGUAGAUCUAUUCCAAAACUCACGGCUAUAGAGCAGAUCAGUCCCCGGGGCUAUGCGCGCUAUAUUUUCCCUUUCGAGCUAGGAGAGAACUACAAUCCCGACGAAAUCUUCACUGUCGUUCGACAGGGGUACGUAUUUCUAGCGAAGCAAAUCCCAGAGACGGCAUGUGAGGUAAUUCCCGACCUCGACUCAUGGCAGAAGAAUGUCAUGAAGUUGCGCAUGCCCAGCGAUGGGGAGAUUGAUCUUGUUACAGCAAAGGAUCUACGAGCACCAGGCGCUUUCCCAUAUACAUUCGCAGAGCUCAAGGCCAAGAGCUUUCCUCCAUCCGCCUUCGAAGGAGACCUGCUCUGUCGUCGAGAAGUCUGGCCAACGCCCGAUACGAGAAGGCCCAUCUCGCUUGCACAGUGCACUUUCAUUCCCGGCGGCCUCCUUCUAUCAUGGAACGUCUUCCACAUGAUCGGAGACGGCGGAUGCUUUUUCACAUGGGCCAAGGUCUGGGCAGAAGGAUGUCGUCGGGCGCAGGGUCAAGAUAUCGACAACCCGGUCCAACUCCCGGAGGCCCUUUGGAAAGAUCGCGAACAGGCAAUCAAUCCUCCCGCUCAGUAUAAGGGCAAACUAGAGGAUCAUCCAGAAUAUAUCCUUCUGCCCUUUACGCCAACAGAAAUGCCACCGAAAAUGCUAACUACGACCCACCGCGGUCAAAUCUUUUACAUUUCGCCCGAAUCGCUGGCAAAAUUGAAGCAAGAGGCCGAUCCAUCAAAUGCGACCGAGUCAUCAGAUCAAAAAUGGAUAUCUACCAACGACGCCAUCUGCGCGCUGAUCUGGCGCUCGAUCAUGGCAGCGCAAUUUCCUCUGCAGCCGGAGGGACUCGGGGAAGCCGAAGAGAGUGAUUCUGAAACCAACUUUGGCAUCUUCAUGGACGGACGGUUGCGGACGAAUCCAAAGAUUCACCCCGAAGCCCUGGGGUGUUUCAUGACUUGUUGCACGGCCACGGUGUCUCUUCGUAAAAUGCUCGGACGGCUCAAUAUUGCCGAUCUUUCCGUGCUCGUGCGCAAGGCUGUCGCCAGUACGGAGGGGCAUUCUAUCUGCGACGUCGCGGCGCUUGUUAAGAAUCAGGAACAUCCGACUCGUUUCCAAGAGCAGGAAACAUUCACCACGGGAUUCCUGCCAUUUGACGUCACAGUAGGAGACUUCAACGGAGAUGGCCGUCCUGAUAUCGUGGCUACAAAUCUUGGCGACAAUACAGUGAACGUCUUUCUUGGAACUGGAUCGGGGAGCUUUCAGCCGCAGACCACAUUUCCCACAGGAACCCUUCCAGCUGGUGUUGCAGUGGGCGAAUUCAACGGAGAUGGCGAUUUAGAUAUCGUGACUACAAAUAAUGUGGGGGUGAACAUCUUGCUCGGGACUGGGUCUGGGACCUUCCAAGCGCCAGCCACAUUUGCUGCAGAUUCUGGUCCACAGGACGUUACAGUAGGCGAUUUCAAUGAAGAUGGCUUUCUCGAUAUCGUAACUGCGAAUUCUGGCAUUAAUUCAGUGAGCGUGUUUCUCGGCACUGGGUCAGGGAGCUUCCAGGCGCCGGCAACAUUGCUCGCGGGGGCCAGUCCAGUCGCUGUUGCAGUGGGUGACUUCAACGGAGAUGGCUAUCUCGAUAUUGUGACUGCAAAUGCCGGCGACAAUACAGUAAACAUCUUACUCGGGACUGGAUCGGGGAAUUUCCAGAACCCGACUUCAUUCCAAGUCGGGUCUUUGCCGCAAGGUGUUGCAGUGGGCGACUUCAACGGAGACGGCGAUCUCGAUAUUGUAGCUACGAAUUUUAACGACAAUACGGUGAGUGUCUUGCUCGGAACUGGAUCGGGGAGCUUCCAGCCGCAGGCCACAUUCACAGUAGGGAACGGUCCAUCUGGUGUUGCAGUGGGCGACUUCAACGGAGACGGCUAUCUCGACAUAGUAGCUGCGAAUUCCAACGAAAAAUCAGUGAGUGUCUUGCUCGGAACUGGAUCGGGGAGCUUCCAGCCGCAGGCCACAUUCACAGUGGGGACCAGUCCAUCUGGUGUUGCAUUGGGCGACUUCAACGGGGAUGGCAAUCUCGAUAUCGUGACUGCGAAUCAGUCUGACGGUACAGUGAGCGUGCUUCUCUCGCAGCCUUGCGACGCUUAG